CACUGAUGCAACUUCAACGGUUCCCCCUGGACAUUCUCUGGCCUCCGGAUCAAGGAGGGGGAGCAAAGAACCAGCAGCAAAAGUCACCAAACUCUGUUGUUUGUUCUCUUUAUGUUUGUUCUCCUUGUAGUGAUCGUGGUGCUGUUUGCUGCCCUGAGGAGGCAGAGGAAAAAGGAGCCUUUGAUCAUCUCCAAAGAGGAUGUCAGAGACAAUGUUGUCAGCUACAACGAUGAAGGGGGUGGAGAAGAGGAUACUCAGGCCUUUGAUAUUGGCACUCUGCGCAACCCGGAGGCCAUCGAGGAGAGCAAGCAGCGGAGGGACAUUGUCCCAGAGACCUUCUACCCUCCAGUCCGACGGCCUGUGGUGCCACCAACCAGGGACAAUAAUGGAGAUGUGAGAGACUUCAUCAGCCAGAGGCUCCAGGACAACGAUUGUGACCCAACAGCACCGCCUUACGACUCCCUGGCCACCUACGCCUACGAAGGAAACGGUUCCGUAGCAGAGUCCCUUAGUUCACUUGAGUCGGUGACGACAGAAGGUGACCAAGACUACAACUACCUGAGUGAGUGGGGACCCCGAUUUAAGAAACUGGCAGACAUGUAUGGGGGCGAUGACAGCGACAGGGAUUCCUAAUGAGAGUCUGGCACACAGACUAGGAGACAAAUGUAAAAGUGAAACAGGUUUAAAACUUUUGGGCAAUUCUGGUGCAUGUGUGGUGUGAAAAAUGGCAAAACAACCAAGACAGGAGCACUGUUUUUCCAAGUGCUCUAUCACUGCCAUUGAUCACCAUUCAAGCAGUACCUCCAGUGACCAGACGUAGGCUUUUUGUGUCCAGUCAGUGUUAGUUGCGUUUUCUGCAAGGGCACAGUCAAAAGAGUGAGCGUCAAGACUUUUUGUCUCUAUAUGGGUGUACAAGAGGCCCAAAUAUAUCUACAUGGAUAUUUUGUUUGUUUUUUCAAAGCUGCCUGUGAUGAAAACAUCCAACAAGCAGUUUUGUAAACUGACAGAUAUGCCUACGUAUUUUUCAGUGUUUCUGGGAUAAAAACAUGCUGCAUAUUGUGAGUUUAUCUUAGCUUGUGUAUGUAUGGUAAUAUAAUACAAUACGCUGUACAGUUGUUUUGUUUUUCUAUGGAUUUCUAUUGUCCAAAUCAUACCCCUUUUAGCGAUAGCUGCCCCACAUUAGCCACUUAUCCAUGGUUGUGCUUGAGCCGUAAGUGCCAAAACGUUUUGGCAUCAUCUCAAAUGAAAAAAUAAGAAAUCUUCAUAUACAUUGGAUGGGAGAGGUAUAAAAAUUUGUUAGC